UUAUGUCAUACUUCAUACAGUUUAUUCUGGCAGUGAACUUUUGACACAUGUCUAAAUACGAUAAUAUUUUUAAAGUGAAAUAAUUUCUAUGUUAUUGAAUAAUGGCUCCACCCCCGGUGGUGACAGGUUUAUCUCCGAAAGAAGGUCCUCCUGGAACUAGAGUGACAAUACGUGGUGAAUUUUUAGGCAAUCAACCUAAUGAUCUAAUUGGCUUGACUAUAUGCGGCUGUGAUUGUUUACUAUCAGCCGAAUGGAAAUCUGUAAAUAAAAUUAUUGCCCGUUCUGGUCCAGGAAAAGGUCGUGGAGAUAUAAUUGUCACGACGAGGAGUGGAGGACGUGGAACAUCUACGGUCGAAUUUCGGGGAUAUCAUGAAACAAUUGGCCCUAUGAAAGAAAGUGCAGUAUGGGUCGAAGAAAAUUUAUUAUGGAGUCGACGAUCAAUGUCACCGUCCAGUUAUCAACAAGAAGAUCCUCUAGGAUUAUCAGUUGAAGAAAAUGAUAAAAAGUUUCCAGAAGAAGAACUACAUGAAUAUUUUCCCGAUGGUAGUGGUGAUUUAACAUCGGAAAAUUUUACACCCGGUUGGUUUCUUCUAGAAAAUCAUCAUGCAACCACGUUUAACGAUUUAAAAGCUGGUCUUGCAUUUUUACGACGUAAGGUUGAUGGUCAAAAAGAGGGUCAAUUGUCAUUUUUAAAGAAGAAUGUUGGACCUGUUAUGGAUCAAGUUGAUACAUUGUUAGUUUUAAAGGACAAAAUCGAACAGGAUAUUCAAGAGUUCGGUAUUGAUCCGACUACAAAAUUAGAAAAAGCUAUUCGAGAGGCUAUGGAAGAAGCAAAUAAAUUAUUCGAAGAUGUAUUAUCACGUCGGGAUCGAGCCGAUAGUACACGAAGUGCUUUAGCAUUAUUAACACGCUUCCGUUUCUUAUUCACAUUACCCACAAGCAUCGAGCACAAUAUUAAAAAAGGCGAUUACGAUUUAGUUAUAAACGAUUAUGCGCGCGUUAAGAAUUUAUUUGGUAAAACCGAUGUAGUUGUUUUUAAAAAAGUUUUGGCUGAAGUUGAACAUCGUAUUGAGAAAUUUCAAGAUAUGCUACAUGCUCGUCUCCAACAGAUGCCCAUUUCAAUUGACGAACAAAAACGAUUAAUACGAUGUUUGGUGAAUUUAGAAACAGUUGGAGAUCCGGCAUGGGAUGCUGUUGCUAGUAAUGCGAAACAUGUCACCGAACAAUUGAAUAAAUGUCGAGAGGAACAUCGAAAUGCUGAAGUGGAGUCAGUUAGUAAAAAGUCAGCACAAAAACAUAAAAAUCGUCAAACGAAUCCCGAUUAUCAAAAUUCAGUACCACAACGGAUAUUAUUAAUUGAAGAAAUUACUGAAAUUGUAACAGAAAAUUUACCAAAUUUAUGGAAAAUGGGACAAAGCUAUUUUAUGGGAGAUUUAUAUAUUACACCUAAUUUUACACGUCAAACUACUUUUAAGCACAUGAUAUUGUCGGUAAUCGAAACAUUUUGUAAAUAUGUACGUGAAGCCGUUUUACCUCAUACAAUCGAUAAGAAGAGUCUUACAGCCACAUCGUCUUCGUCACCGUCACAGCCAACAACGUCACUCGCAUGGCCAGUGUUAGAAUUAGAUAGUAUUACUGAAUGGUUGCCACAUUGUUUACGCUACGUGCGUAGUAGCUAUACCAUGUUAAUUAAAUUAGAUUUACCAGGCGAAGCGCUAGAUAUUGUAGCUACACUUGUACAAGAUUUACGUAUGCAUACACUUAGUAGUUUAUUUAAACAGGCAACCGAUAAAAUUAAAUUAUUACAUAAACAAGAAACAUGGCGUAUUGAGUAUGAGGGCAAUUACGGUGGAAUCACUGAUUUGCCAUUUAAAUUUGAGAAAAUCAUUCAAGAAGUAAUGCAACUAGUAAAAGAAUCCGUUCUAAUUUCCGAACAACGUGAGAAUUCUCUACUUCAAAAUCCAACAAGUCAACGAGAAUUUAACCACUUAAUACAGGUCAUGUUGUGCGGAAUUAGUGGCACAUUCGAGAAACUUGCAUUCACAAACGAUUCGGCAAACGAUGAAGAUCAUACGUCAGCUGUAUCACAAUUAAUUGGUAGUCCAGCAGUAAAUCGCGUUGAGAAAGUGAAUUAUUCAACGCCAAUUUUUGAACAUCGAUUGUUGACAACAUUAGCCAAUUGUCAAUUUACAACGAAAAUCGUUCUUCCUAGAUUACAAGACUUAUUCCAUAAACAAGGCUAUCCAACUCCUGUGAUUGCAAUUGAAACAGCAAAAAGUACUUUAAAUACACUAGAUAAGUCAAUUAUGGAGGCAUAUUUAGAACAAAAAUGUGAUCCAUUGGUGGGCACAAUUGAACCCUCUAUGUACAUAGGACGUUUUGAAUGGGAUACAAGAAACAUGACGAAUGAUGUUAGUCCGUAUGUCAAGGAAUGUUUGAGUAAUUUAAUUAGCGUACAAACUGAGGUUUACAGUAUAUCACCUACGUUAGUCGAUAAAUUACUUAAACAAAUUGUGGAAACCGUUGCCGAAGAAAUAUCACGUUUAAUGUCAUGCGUAAAGAAAUUUAGUGAUCAGGGAAAUAUUCAAGCAAGAGUUGAUAUACUUACAUUACAAGAUAUUUUAUCGCCAUAUUGUACGCUUACUGCCAAAAACUUUUUCAAAGAAGCCUUAGGAGUUUUACCAAAAAUUGCACCAGAAAAUCAAAAAAUAAUCGAUACCACGCUUCAAACAUCAAAAAAACGAAUGAACCUACAAAUUCAAUGUUUCCACGGUGUUGUUUCCACGCAGAGUAACGGGAUUGUUUUGUGAUAAACACUCAAUACAUAGAUAAAAUUUCGGGAAUAAAAGGGAGGAGAGGGAGGUUAUGGGGGUGGUGUAUGUGAUUUGACAUGUGUUAUCCUUGAAAAAAUGUAAAAAUUGAUUAAUUUCAAAAUGUUAUAGAGUUUACAAAAAAAUUACGGUGCUACACGAGUCUAUUUUCAAUACGGUACAAGAAAAUGUUAAAUGAAAAUUAUGAACUGUUUUAAAGAAAAAAAGUCUAGUUAUUAUUCAGGGUGGCGAUCGAACUCGAAAAAUUUUUGAAAGGUUAGGAAAUAUUGAGAUUUUGUAAAAGAGAAGGAAUUGUGUCAGUCAUAUGGUGGCUACAUUACUGGAAAACUUGGAAAUGUCAAGGAAUUCCGUGUAAAAAAAGAAAAGUCAGAGAAUUUUGUGUUUUUCGUAGCAAACUUAUACAAGAAUUUUCAUUAUUUUAUUUUUCUAUUCGAAUUAUUUAAAACAAGUGAAAAUAAACAAUUGAUUGAGUUAAUUGUUGAAAUACCCUGUAUAGAAAGUGUUAAAUGUCAGUGCUUGCAUUAUUUUUAACAAAUUAGAAAAGUUUAAAAUGUCAAUACAAUUAUGGCGCCCUUUCAGCUGCCAUUUUUUCUCGUUUUUCGAAC